AUGAUCGCUUCCGAAUUACAAGGCAAAUCCGCCAACAUUCGCCGCAAGUUGCUCGAUGGGUACAGUGAUUCCCAACUCGUGCAGGGCAUCGGUAUCCAGAGUGUUGGCCUGGCGAAAAUGAACACGAUGGUACCUUACCACUUCUUCGUCAUAUGGAUGCUCUCGUUAUUGUCCAUGGCGACCCACAAUGCCACUCUCCUGGCACUCGUACACGACUAUCGCCGCGACUGGGUCGUGCGAUGGCUGCGGCAGUUUCUCAUGUUUGUGAACCUCGCCCUGUCCUGCGUCUGCGGCAUAUUCAUCCUCCAGGCUGUCGCCAAGGGUCUUGAUGAUCAGACUUUGCCGAUCGCUUGCGUCUGGGAGGUAGGCGGGAAUGGGGCCCCGUCCAACGCAGGGCUAUCCUACGUUGGCACCAUUGUCGUCAUAGUGGGCAACUGCGCUGUCUUUGCUCUCGCAACAUGGUACCUCCAUAGCGCAAGGCAGAGAUUUUUCAAGAUCAUCCAAGGCACUGGAAUUUUCUUAAUGGCGGCCGUUGCCAUUGGGGCUGCCGUUCGCAUCAUCCUUCUAUCUCAGGCCUUUGGAAAUCCUUCAGUUGAGCUGGAUGACCAAGGCGAGAAGGAGUGGAUUUUCGGGCAGCUAUUGUCCAUGCUGUUAUUAGUUCUUCCUUUGGUAUCGGUCGUUGAGAUCUACCGUGGAGAGAUGACACUUACCUCGACCGUCAACGAGCAGCGUGUCCGCGUCCCUGACAACGAGAUGCAAACAUUCCUGAAGUGA